CUCAAACAUGACCAAAAACCAUCCAACCCUCAGGAAAUCCGUUUCCACGGCCGAUCUGUACAGCGAUCCGUCACCACCACCCCGUCAUCCUACUCUCUCCCGAGCCUUCACCACCGUACAUCGUUCCAGGGUCAACCCGUUCCUGCAAGCACGAGCAAAUUUAUCCCAGAGCUCUACGAGAGUAUCAAGCACCGAUGUCCGAGCUUCGAACAGAUCCUAUGCCCGCCCGACCGAGGAGUCCAUACAAGAGAACCACCGACAUAGUAUCGCAGCUCCGUAUUCGUCGAACCUGAUCGAUCUGAACGAUGACUUCGAUUCGGUCAAAGAGUACCAAAACCCGCCGCCUGUGCCGCCCAAGAUACCCGAGAUUCCAGCAUUUGAGCCCAAGGAGGCUAUACGGGAGAAAGAGAGGCCAGAAAAAUACACCAAGCCGUUUACGGACUUCAUGACGGCAAACCCGACUGUUUUCCACGCAGUUGACACUGUUGCUCGGGAUCUGGAGAAGAAUGGAUACAAAAAGGUAUCAGAGCGCGACAGUUGGAAUCUCAAACAGGGUGGCAAGUACUAUGUUGAACGCAAUGGGUCGUCGCUCAUUGCGUUCUCCAUCGGCGACGAAUACGAAGCAGGGAACGGUGCUGCUAUUGUAGCUGGACACAUUGAUGCUCUCACCGCGAGGUUGAAGCCGAUUCCCACUCUUCGAUCCAAGGCAGGCUACGUUCAGCUGGGGGUUGCGCCGUAUGCUGGGGGGUUGAACAAUACGUGGUGGGACCGUGAUCUCGGUAUUGGUGGACGUGUUUUGGUCAAGGAGGCUAAUGGGAAAAUCGUCACCAAACUGGUCAAACUUGACUAUCCCGUUGCUCGCGUUCCUACCUUGGCCCCGCAUUUUGGUGCUGCAUCGGUGGGGCCUUUCAAUAAAGAAACACAAAUGGUCCCGAUCGUGGGUAUCGACAAUUCUGAUCUCGGAGGCGCUUCUCAGUCUGAUGAAGGCGAAUUCAAAGCUGGGAUAGUGGGUGGCGAAAAGACGUUUGCUGCUACGCAGCCAGAACGACUAGUCAAGGCUAUCUCAGAAGAGCUGAACAUCGAAGACUACUCAAGCAUCGUCAACUGGGAGCUGGAGCUCUUUGAUAUCCAGCCCGCGCAACUCGGCGGCCUGGGAAAGGAAUUCAUCUUUGCUGGCCGUAUCGACGACAAGUUAUGCUCUUGGGCUGCUAUCCAAGCUCUUCUCAAUACUUCGACUGCACAAUCCUCCCAAGUCAAAGUCGUUGCUCUGUUCGACGACGAAGAGGUUGGUUCUCUCCUUCGACAAGGUGCCCGUGGAAACUUCCUGCCCUCUGUGGUAGAGCGAAUCGUAGACGAGUUCGCCGACAAGGGAGUUCGCAGCUUAGUUUCACGCACAUACGCAAAUAGCUUCCUCGUCUCUUCCGACGUUAUCCACGCCGUUAACCCCAACUUUCUCAAUGCUUACCUGGAGAACCAUUCUCCUCGCCUCAACAUUGGACCCGCGGUUUCCGCAGACCCUAAUGGCCACAUGACCACGGACUCUGUAUCUACUGCCAUCUUCCAUCGCUGCGUUGCCCGCGAUGUUGGUGUUCGCAGCCAGGAUCCGAAACUCCAGGUCUUUCAGAUUCGCAAUGACAGCCGUAGUGGGGGUACGGUUGGUCCCAUGUUGAGUUCAGCUACGGGUAUCAGAGCGAUCGAUUGCGGCAUUCCGCAGUUGAGCAUGCACAGCAUCCGCGCGACCACUGGCAGUCUGGAUCCUGGGCUGGGUGUGUUUGCUUUCCAGAGCUUUUUGGAGAACUUUGAGAGCGUGGAUUUGGAGUUCAAGGUCUAA